GUGCAAGAGUCCUGCUUAUGCCAUGACUGUAGCGCAACUGCAAUUCCAAGCAUCUGGACACUACUGAGCCGUCCUUUCCGAGUGUGUUUCAAGGGUCAAGCCGGGUAGGUCAAUGCUGUACUCUAUGUUCUGCUCGCACGGUAUGCGCAAAUGCAGAUCAGAGACGUUUAAGAGAUGCUGAGCUAGGUUUGCGGAAUGUACAUCUCCUUUAUAGUCGAUAUCAACCUCUUAGCGUGCUUUCGAAACAUUCUGCAUGCAAAGGCUCCUUCUUUCUCGUUGACUUGAGGAUGGUAGGUGCAUAUACCCCAUCAGUUAUCGAGGUGGGCCAUUAAGAUGUACGAGUACGAGCACACCAAAGCUCUCCUCGGGAAGACGGUACAGAGGUGGUCGAAACUGGUCAAAGAAGACAUACCAUGACCCAGUCUGCCAAGUCUACGGUUUGACACCCUGUGGUGGUCUUGGCCUCGUCGGGAAAUCCGACUGUUACACCACAUGCAUGAGCGGGGGAUGUGUGAGGGUCAACGGCCAGAUAUUGGUAGGUAUAUUUACCGCAUUGCCAAUGUGAGAUUCGCAGACCUUUUCUUCGGUCACCUGUGAUCUCCCAUUCCCCCAGAGCUCAUCAAGUGAGACACGAUGUCGGACCACGUUUCUGGCCAGAGCAACAAGCCUAUAAGCAAGCCUGCACAUGCUCUCGGGGUUGAAGAGAUCGCCCGGGAACUAGACACUGAUAUCUCAAAUGGCCUUCGAGCCCAGGAAGCUCGCCAAAGACUAGAGCAAUAUGGCCGUAACGAACUCGAUGACGGUCCAGGCGUGCAACCGUUGAAGAUUUUGUUGCGACAAGUCGCCAACGCCAUGAUGUUGGUCCUGCUCAUGGCAAUGAUUGUCUCAUUUGCGAUCAAAUCGUGGAUCGAAGGGGGUGUUGUCGCAGCUGUGAUCUCAUUGAAUAUUGUUGUUGGUUUUCUUCAAGAAUUCAAGGCAGAGAAGACAAUGGACUCCCUGCGCUCUUUGUCUUCACCGACUGCGAAUACUGUACGAGAUGGCAGCACCACAAACAUUCCGACCGCAGAGCUCACCGUAGGGGACAUUGUCGAGCUCAAAGUCGGAGAUACUGUCCCUGCAGAUGUCAGGUUGAUCGAAUCCAUAAAUCUCGAGACCGACGAGGCGUUGCUGACAGGAGAAUCUCUGCCUGUGAAUAAAGAUGAAGGAUUAAUACUUGAUGAAGACACGGGACCUGGUGAUCGCCUCAAUGUUGCAUACAGCUCCUCGACUGUGACGAAAGGUCGAGCAACUGGUGUGGUGUUCGCCACGGGCAUGCACACGGAAAUCGGUUCGAUCGCCGCAGCCCUUCGACAAGGCGAAUCUAAGAGACGUCCAGUGAAAAGACGGCCUGACGGUACUGCUUCUCCUUUGCGCCAAGUUGAAUCAUGGACUCUCACAUUCAGCGAUGCUGUUGGCCGGUUUCUAGGCUUCAACAUCGGGACACCUCUACAAAAGAAGUUGUCACGGCUUGCAAUCCUGCUCUUCGGGAUAGCCGUGGUAUGUGCAAUUAUCGUCCUUGCUGCCAACGAUUUCUCCGACAAGUCUGAGGUCAUCAUCUACGCGGUUGCAACGGGCCUCUCUAUGAUUCCUGCUUCACUUGUGGUAGUACUCACAAUCACCAUGGCCGUCGCAACUAAGAGAAUGGUAGAGCGCCAUGUCAUUGUCCGCAACCUCAAGUCCCUGGAGGCAUUGGGUGCCGUCACCGACAUUUGCUCGGACAAGACGGGAACUCUUACGCAAGGAAAGAUGGUCGCCAAAAAGUGCUGGCUCCCCUCUCGUGGCACCUAUUCAGUGGGACCGUCGAAUGAGCCGUUCAACCCCACCGAAGGAGAUCUCAUGUAUAGUGAAGUGUCCCCAGCAAAGGAAGAGUUGGAAAAAGCCCCCGAACCACAGGCUGGUAGCCAUGACGAGUUGGUCAAGGAUAAUUCUGAGCUGACAGAUUUUCUGUUCGUCGCAUCGCUCGCCAAUAUAGCCCGGGUCCACCAGAACAAGGAAGGAGAAUGGGUUGCACUAGGAGAUCCAACCGAGAUAGCAAUCCAGGUAUUUGCAUCACGGUUCGACUUCAACAGAACCAAGUUCCUCGGCGGCGAUGCGGCAAAGUACAAAGAAGUUAGCGAGUACCCAUUCGACUCAGACGUCAAAAAGAUGUCCGUCAUCAUGGAAGAGGGAGCAAGCAAGCAGCAAAAGGUUUUCACCAAAGGUGCCGUCGAACGUGUUCUUGACUCGUGCACGAAGACCCGGUGGGGGUCUUCCGAUGUUGUUGAAUUAACCCAUGACAUGAAGAGCACCAUCUUGGAUAACAUGGAAGCCCUUGCUGCCCAAGGACUCAGAGUGCUAGCAUUGGCCAGUCGGCCAUACAAUGCUCCAAACGGCCAGAAGGCGAGCCGCGAAGACCCGCCGCCUCGAGAAGAGGUCGAGUGCAGCCUCGUUUUCCAUGGGCUGAUUGGUCUCUACGAUCCUCCUCGACCAGAAUCGGAGGGAGCUGUGAAGCGAUGCCAUCGUGCCGGUGUAAAGGUUCACAUGCUCACUGGCGACCAUCCUGGCACAGCCCGAGCGAUCGCAGCACAGGUUGGUAUCUUACCCCGAAAGAUGGACAACCUAUCUGCCAACGCUGCCCGAAGCAUGGUCAUGACUGCAAAGGAGUUUGAUCAUUUGAGCGACGGCCAGAUCGACGACCUCCCAGCACUGCCGCUCGUUAUUGCUCGAUGCGCACCGAACACAAAGGUUCGAAUGAUUGAAGCUCUUCGUCGUCGAAGCGCUUUCAUGGCAAUGACCGGUGACGGCGUCAACGACUCUCCCUCACUCAAGAUCGCCGACGUCGGUAUCGCCAUGGGUCAAGGUGGGUCCGACGUGGCCAAAGACGCAUCCGACAUUGUCCUCACCGACGACAAUUUUGCCUCCAUCCUCUCCGCCAUCGAAGAGGGCCGCCGCACUUUCGACAACAUCCAGAAAUUCGUUCUGCAUUUGUUGGCGGAGAACAUCGCACAGGCCUGCACGCUUCUGAUCGGUCUCGCCUUCAAAGACAGCUCGGGACUCUCCGUCUUCCCUCUGGCGCCGGUGCAGAUUCUGUGGGUCAUCAUGAUAACCAGCGGCAUGCCCGACAUGGGCCUUGGUCUGGAAAUCGCCGCCCCCGACAUCCUGGAAAGACCGCCCAUCUCCCUCAAGGCCGGGGUCUUCACGUGGGAAGUGUGCUUCGACAUGCUCGCGUAUGGCUUGUGGAUGUCCGCCCUCUGCCUCUCGUCGUUCCUGCUGGUCGUGUACGGGUUCGGCGACGGUAACCUCGGGGAAAACUGCAACGGGUCCUACUCCCGGUCGUGUGACACCGUCUUCCGAGCCCGAGCCACCACUUUCGUCAGCCUGACGUGGUUCGCCCUCUUCCUCGCCUGGGAGAUGGUCGACACCAGACGUAGCUUCUUCCGCAUGCAACCCAAGAGCAAGCGAUACUUUACACAGUGGAUGUACGACGUCUGGCGUAACAAGUUUUUGUUCUGGGCCGUCAUUGCUGGCUUUGUCACGAUCUUCCCGACCAUAUACAUCCCGGUAAGUUCUUGUCCAAGACUCCAAAACAGUUAUCCAGCCCUGAGGGAGGGGAAAAAUUCAAACCGAUCACCACUAACGCGCUCCGUCCAGGUCAUCAACCAUCGUGUCUUCAAACACACUGGAAUUUCCUGGGAAUGGGGCAUCGUCUUCGUCGAAGCGUUACUGUUCUUCCUUGGGUGUGAGACAUGGAAAUGGGCCAAGCGCAUCUAUUUCCGUCGGCGGGCGAAGAAAUUGACCAUCACACCUGACGACCUGGAACACUUGGCUUUCUCUGACUUUGAAAGACUGGAAAAGGUCCAUUGAUGCACACACACCGUACUCGGUACUAAUUUUUAUGAGACAUAAUUAGCUUCUUGUGCCAAACCAUGGAGCCGCCUAUGAUCUGGCUCAGAACUCGACUAAAUGAGAUGGAUACCAAGAUAUACAAGAAUAGAGUGGGCAUGGAGUAUAUAUCAGAUAUAGAUUUACCAAGGUCGUACGAG